AAAAAUGUGAGUUUAAAGAAAAGAACGAAAUCUGUCAUGAGAAGGCAUAACAUCAUAGAUAACGACAGUAUCCCAACAGUUGUUGAAAAGCUUAAACAACAACUACAAGCAAAAUCGCAGAGGAUAAGGAGAUUUGAUAAAAGACAAAAKUUUUUCCACCAAAAUAAACUUUACAAAGAAAACACCAAGGUGUUUUAUAGGGAACUAGGGAAAAAGAAGACCGAAAUUCGUGAAGUCCCUCAAAAAGAGGAUGUCGAAAAUUUUUGGGCCAAUAUAUGGGAGAAAGAAAAGUAUCAUAAUGAAAACGCUGGAUGGCUGAAGGAAAUACAUGACCAAUACCAACAAACUCCUGCACAAAAAUGGUCAAAAAUAUCAAUAGAGGAGACAAAAGCAGCCGUCCAGAAAUCCAGCAAUUGGAAAGCACCAGGAUGUGAUGGCAUAGUAAACUUUUGGCUAAAAUACCUGCCAGCAAUUCAUGAAGAUCUGACAUAUGCUUAUAACAGACUUAUAGAAAAUCCUGAAGAAUGUCCCAAUUGGUUAACAACUGGUAUUACGUAUCUUCUUCCAAAAAAUGAAGAAACCAUCAACCCUAAAAAUUAUCGGCCAAUCACUUGCCUCCCUACAAUGUAUAAAAUCUUAACAUCAAUAUUAACAUCUAGAACUUAUGAUCAUAUGGUGGAGAAUAACCUGAUGCCUCUAGAACAAAAAGGAUGUAGAAAAGGAAGUUAUGGGUGCAAAGAUCAGUUGCUUAUAAAUAAGGCCAUAAUGGAAGAAAUAAAAUCCAGAAAGAAAAAUCUGUCAACAGCUUGGAUUGAUUACAAAAAAGCAUUUGAUUCUGUUCCCCAUAGCUGGAUCAUGAAGUGUCUUGAAAUUUAUAAAGUCUCCCCUACUUUGAUUAAUUUUAUCAGAAACAACAUGUCACAAUGGAAAACAACCCUAAACCUCAAUCACAGCUUUAGUGAUGACAUCAAAAUGGAAUUUGGCCUUGACAAAUGUGCCAAAGCAACUUUUAAACGAGGUAAAUUGGUGAAAUCUGAAAACAUUGUGAUUGAUAUAAAUACAACCAUUCAAGAUCUUGAACAAGAAGGCACAUAUAAAUAUUUAGGAGUAAGUGAAGGUGAUGGAAUAGAACAUUCUAGCAUGAAAGAGAAAAUCAGAAAGGAAUCACUAUAG